UCCUAUCAUCAGUCCAUGUUAUCGAAGAGGUGGCUAUAGCGGAAGUCGGAUUCAGUCACCCAGAUCACCUAUGAAGGGCAGAGAAAAUGCAAAGCAUGAUAGGAGAAUUAGUGUAUUACAGCAUGUUCUUGGGAUCAAUGUGGAGAUCAGAUACAAACUUGUACCAUGCACAACGAAAAACUACGUGGAGUGGAGGCCUAAUAAGCCGGUAUGGAGGGAAUAAUAAGGAGUAAAGAAGUAUGAAGUUGUCAAAAAAUGCUCCGUGGUGAUAUCCCAAGUCCAUACAAAUGAAAGAUUGCCAAGGAAUAUGAUAGCAUGCAAGAGAAUAAAUGGGGUCGAAACUGGCAUUUGAGCCCUGAGGUCGAUGAUGCCAUUUCCUGUUUUCCUAUUCGCUGGGAUCGUUGGUACACAUCAUUUGUCUUUGUGCGACAGAUACAAUGAAAAGGACUAAGGCCGGCAGAUGAUAUGAUAGCUUUGAUGAAUGAGUAUACAAUAGAUUCAUGUACUAAAUCUUUAAACUUAGACGGAAAGACAUGUUCCAACUCAAUCAUGCAGAGGUUGUCUUUCUCUGAGCUGACCUCCACCUGGGAAGCAGACACCAACAGAAGACAGGUGGAAUCAGUCACUCGUCUGAACUGGAAAGCACACAAUUGUCCGAAUAACCAAGGCGAACUGAACUGGUCUUCCACUGAGCCGAUUGGCCGGACAAGAGGCUGACGCACCACCAAAUGUCCAACUCCAAGCCGUCGGUCAGCAGAUUCCUCGCUGCUUAAACCUGCAUCAACUGGGCUACCUGACAAGAAACACAGAUUAUAGGUAGCUGUGCCGUCUAACUGGAGGCCAGUUGCACGGGGAUGGAUCCAGCACGGUCAUUGGUGCCGAAAUGACAUCAAUGAUUUCGUACUAAUCCUCUUCAAAUGUAACAUUAGGCUGUUAUCAAUACAAUGCAAAAGCCUAUGCCAGUGCCAGUGUGUUCAGAAGGGCGUCACUGCUCGAUUCAGUAUAUUUUAGUUUCAUACUACGUCCGCUGGCAGCCAGUUGAUAAGUAGCUUGGUUUCCAUCUCAUCAUUGGAGAGUAAUGCUUGCUCUCAUAGAUUAUCAUCGAUCGCGAGCAACUAGUCUUCCCGUCUCCUCUCCCGGAGCAGCCUCUGUGAAAAUCUGUCCGAGGUUAGUAAUUCGAUUGGGAUUGAUCCGUCGAUGGGGGACAAGCAGGCAGGGAAGGCGUCGUUCCUGGAGAUCGUCCGGUACGCGGACGCGCACGACAUGUGCCUCAUGGUGCUGGGCGUGCUGGGGAGCUUCGUCGACGGCAUGAUGCAGCCGCUCACGAUGCUCGUGCUCGGCGACAUCGUCAACAGCUAUGGCGGCGCCGGCACCGACUUCAGCACAAGCACCGUCGACAAGUUCGCGCUUCGGCUGCUGUACGUGGCCAUUGCAGUGGGCAGCUGCUCUUUUCUAGAGGGGAUGUGUUGGACGAGAACGGCAGAGCGACAGGCGUCGACGAUGCGGCGGCUGUACCUGGAGGCCGUCCUGCGGCAGGAAGUGGAGUUCUUCGACGCCGCGCCCUCGUCGCAGCCCACCACCUUCCGUGUCAUCUCCACCAUCUCCGACGACGCCGACACCAUCCAGGACUUCAUCGGCGAGAAGCUGCCCAUGGUUCUGGCCAACAUGACGCUCUUCUUCGGCUCGCUGGCGGUGUGCUUCUUCUUCUCGUGGCGCCUGGCGCUGGCGGGGCUCCCCCUCACGCUCCUCUUUAUCGUGCCCAGCGUGCUCCUCGGCAAGCGUUUGGGCGCCACGGCCGGGGAGGCGCACGCCGCGUACGAGGCCGCGGGCGGCAUCGCCGAGCAGGCCGUGUCGUCCAUCCGGACGCUGGCAUCCUACAACGGGGAGCGGCAGACGAUGGAGCGGUUCAGGCACGCGCUGGCGCGGAGCACGGCGCUGGGCAUCAGGCAGGGCCUCAUCAAGGGCGCCCUCAUCGGGAGCAUGGGCGUCAUCUACGCCGUCUGGUCCUUCAUGUCCUGGGUCAGCAGCCUUCUCAUCAUCCACCAGCACGCUCAGGGCGGCCACCUCUUCGUCGCCGUCAUCUGCAUCAUAAUGGCCGGAAUGUCAAUCGCGACGGCGCUGCCGAACCUACGCUACUUCGUCGACGCCACGGCUGCGGCGGCCCGGAUGCGGGGGAUGAUCGAGAAGCUGCCGCCUCUACAGGAGGCCGGCAAGGAGGGCGCCACUAUGAAGAGUGUUAGGGGGCGGAUCGUGUUCAAAGACGUGCACUUCUCGUACCCGUCCAGGCCGGACACGCGCGUGCUCAAUGGCGUGAACCUGGCCAUCACUGAAGGCGCCACCGUCGGCCUCGUCGGCGGCAGUGGGUCGGGAAAGUCCACCCUCAUCGCGCUGCUGCAGCGGUUCUACAGCGCGGACGGAGGCGAGAUAUCGCUGGACGGCCACGACAUCGGCACACUCAACGUGGAGUGGCUCAGGAGCCAGAUCGGGCUCGUCAGCCAGGAGCCCGUACUGUUCGCCACCACCAUCAAGGAGAACAUCCUCUUCGGCAAUGAGGCGGCUUCGAUGAAGCAGAUCGUUGCCGCCGCGAAGAUGGCCAAUGCUCACGACUUCAUCACCAAACUGCCCCAAGGAUACGAAACGCAUGUGGGGCAGUUCGGCACCCAGAUGUCGGGAGGGCAGAAGCAGAGGAUCGCCAUUGCCCGGGCGCUCAUCCGGGACCCCAAGAUCCUGCUCCUGGACGAGGCGACAAGCGCGCUGGAUUCCGAGUCGGAGCGGACGGUGCAGGAUGCGCUGGACCGGGCGUCCGUUGGCCGGACCACCGUCAUCGUGGCGCACCGCCUCUCCACGCUCCGCAAGGCCGACACGAUCGCCGUGCUCGACGGUGGCCGCGUCGUGGAGUUUGGCUCGCAUGACGAGCUAGUCGGCAUGGACAGCGGCGAAGGUGGCAUCUACGCGAAAAUGGUGCGCCUGCAGAACUCGUCCGUGGCGAGACAGGAGGAGGGCCACCAACAGGGCGUGGUAGAAAAUGAGGAGAUCAAUCUGACGCCGUUCCACAGCGUGGAGAUCAUGUCGCCGGCCAGCGAACGCCGCCCUAGCCCGGUGCCGUCGUUCUGGUCGUUCGAGUCCGUCCCCGUGGAAGGCGGAGACCCUGCGGCAGCCUCCUCCGGCGCAGUGGCACGACCGCGCAAGCCGUCGCAGCUCCGCCUGCUCAAGAUGAACCGUCCGGAGUGGAAGCAGGCGCUGCUCGGGUGCGCCGGCGCGAUCAUAUACGGUGGCGUGCUGCCGCUCUACUCCUACAGCCUCGGUUCGCUACCGGCGGUGUACUUCGUCGGUGACAACGCGCUCCUCCGCGAGAAGACCAGGCUGUUUUCCCUAGUCUUCCUCGCGAUCUCCAUCGUCUGCAUCACGGCCAACAUCAUGCAGCACUACAACUUCGCUAUCAUGGGCGAGCGCCUGACGGAGCGCGUCAGGGACCAGAUGCUCGGCAAGAUCCUCUACUUCGAGGUCGGGUGGUUCGACGAGGACGACAACUCGAGCGCGGCCAUCUGCGCGCGGCUGGCAUCGCAGGCGACCAAGGUCCGGUCCCUCGUCGGGGACCGCAUUUGCUUGCUGGUGCAGGCGGCCGCUACGGCGACUCUUGGAUACGCACUGGCAUUCUCCCUGUCGUGGCGGCUCUCGCUGGUGAUGAUAGCCAUGCAGCCACUGGUCAUCGCCGGCUUCUACUUCAAGAAGGUGCUCAUGACGGCAGGAGCCAAGAAGGCCAAGAAGGCGCAGGUGCAGGGGAGCCAGCUCGCCAGCGAGGCCGUGGUGAACCACCGGACGGUCACCGCAUUCUCGUCGCAGCGGCGGAUGCUGGAGCUGUACGAGGCCGCGCAGGUCGGCCCGAGGAAGGACACCAUGACGCAGUCCUGGUACUCGGGCUUCAUCCUGUGCCUGUGCCAGUUCAGUAGCACCGGGAGCAUGGCGCUUGGGCUAUGGUACGGAGGCAGGCUCAUGGCCGACGGGCUCAUCACUACCACGCCCUUGUUCCAAGUAUUCUUCAUGCUCAUGACCAUGGGAAGGGUCAUCGCCGACGCCGGGUCCUUGACGUCGGACCUGGCGCAAGGCGGCGACGCCGUACGGUCCAUCCUCGAUACGCUGGACCGUGAACCGGCGAUCAGAUCCGCCAGGGCUACCGAUCACGAUGCCAGUGAGUCGGACGGCGACAGUGAGAAGAAGCGGAAGAAGAUCAAGGGUGCCAUCGAGUUCAGGGACGUGCACUUCAGCUACCCGACGAGGCCCCAGGUGACGGUGCUGGCCGGGCUCAGCCUCGAGAUCGCCGCAGGAAAGACAGUGGCGCUGGUCGGGCCGAGCGGAUCAGGCAAGUCCACGGUGAUCGGGCUCAUCGAGCGGUUCUACGACGUGCACAAAGGCUCUGUUCUGAUCGACGGCAGGGACAUCCGAAGCUACAGCCUGACGCACCUCCGGUCGCAGGUCGCGCUGGUCAGCCAGGAGCCCACGCUCUUCUCCGGCACGGUACGCGACAACAUCAUGUACGGCGACGAGCACGCCACCGAGGAGGAGGUGACCAGCGCCGCCAUGCUCGCCAACGCCCACGAGUUCAUCAGCGCGAUGGAGAGCGGGUACGACACGCAGAUCGGGGAGCGAGGGACGCAGCUGUCGGGCGGGCAGAGGCAGCGGAUCGCGCUGGCCAGGGCGGUGCUCAAGAACGCCAGGAUCCUGCUGCUGGACGAGGCCACCAGCGCGCUGGACACCGUGUCCGAGAGGCUGGUGCAGGACGCCGUCGACAGGAUGCUACAGGGGACCAGGACCUGCGUCGUCGUCGCGCACAGGCUCUCCACGAUACAAAAGUCCGACAUGAUCGCCGUCGUCAAGGACGGGAGGGUGGCCGAGAGGGGGACGCACCACGACCUCAUCGCCGCCGGCCGUGCCGGGAUGUACUACAACCUCAUCAAGCUGCAACACGGCACAUCACCGAGCCAUAGUCCCAUGCAUGCGGGCAACUGAAAACAUAUAUAAUGGUUGCAGGUCAUGUCGCUGAUGGAAAUUGUGCGC